AAAGCCAUUCAUUACCAUUUCUGUUCUUGCCUGAAUUAAAGAUGGUGUCUCAACUUGUGUUACUAGGUUUGAUCCUUGCCGCCUCAGUUUGGCUUCUUUCUAAGAGAAAGAGCAACAAGUCGAAGCAGAGGCCGAGCCUUCCGCCGGGCCCGGUGGCUCUGCCCCUUGUCGGCCACCUUCACCUCCUGAAGCCUCUGGUUCACCAGGCCUUGCGUGACCUUCAGGCAAAAUAUGGCCCUCUCAUGCACCUUAGGCUCGGCUACGCCAACAUGGUCGUCGCCAGCACUCCUGAACUAGCCAAAGAGCUCCUCAAAACCCACGAGCUCUCUUACUCUUCUCGUAAGAUGAACAUCGCCAUCAACCUCGUAACCUACGACAACGCUACCUUUGCCUUCGCUCCCUACGACACUUACUGGAAAUUCAUCAAGAAGCUGAGCACCACGGAGCUGUUGGGAGCCCGAACCAUCCGGCAGUUUCUUCCGAGUCGGACCCGCGAGAUACACUGCUUCAUUAAGGAUCUCAUGGAUAAAUCCAUGGCUCGACACAGCGUCAACCUCACCCAAGAACUCCUCAAGCUCUCCAACAACAUCAUAUCGCAGAUGAUGCUGAGCAUCAAGAGCUCCGGCACUGACAGCCAGGCCGAGGAGGCUCGGAAUCUGGUCCGGGAGGUGACGCAGAUGUUCGGAGAGUUUAACGUAGCUGAUUUUAUUUCAAUCUGCAAGAACUUGGAUGUUCAGGGCCUCAAGAAGAGAGCCAUGGACUUGCACAAGAGAUACGACGCGUUCUUGGAAAGGAUCAUCUCCGCUCGCGAGGAGCUUCGAAGGCAACGAAAAGCUCCUGCAAAGGCAGAGGACGCCCAAGACGGUGAAGAGAAAGUCAGGGACUUUCUUGACAUUUUGCUCGAUGUCGCCGAGGAUAAGAAUUCUGAGGUUUCUUUAACCAGGAACCACAUCAAGUCAUUAAUUUUGGAUUACUUCACGGCGGCAACGGACACAACGGCGAUAACUGUGGAAUGGACAAUUUCAGAGCUCAUAAACAACCCAAAAGUGCUGAAGAAAGCACAAGAGGAAGUAGACAGAGUGACAGAGCACAAGAGACUAAUAAGCGAAGCAGAUAUCCCAAACCUUCCAUAUAUUAACGCCAUAAUAAAAGAAAACAUGAGGCUUCAUCCUCCUAUUACUAUGAUCACCAGGAAGGGAGUCCAAGACUGUGUGGUGAGUGGCUACUUGAUCCCCAAGGGAACCAUCACGUGCGUCAACAUUUGGGCUAUGGGAAGAGACCCCAACAUAUGGGAAAGUCCCUUAGAGUUCAGACCAGAGAGGUUCUUGGAGGGAAAAGAGGGUGGGCUGGACAUCAAAGGCCAUCACUACGAGUUAUUGCCUUUUGGUUCGGGCAGAAGGGGCUGCCCCGGUCAGCCUCUCGCCAUGCAGGAACUGCCCGUCGUCAUCGGAGCCCUGGUUCAGUGCUUCACAUGGAAGCCCCUGGAUUCACAAGGGAAGAUCAUAGGCGACGGCAAGACCAUUGAUAUGGAUGAACGCCCAGGAUUGACUGCUCCCAGAGCCAAUGAUCUAUCGUGUAUUCCAGUUGCGAGAUUGAACCCCGUUCCUUUUCUUCACGUGUGAGUCACGGGAUCAUGCCACGCGCUAGCUCUUUAGGACGCUUCACGUAGUGCUUUUUGCUUCUUUUUUAUUUUGGCCUUUUGCUUUGAUCAAUAUAUAAGUCAGCCCGUUUGGUUGACCAGGCCACAAGGCUGGCGCUGAUAUAUACUUUGUUUUAUUGAUAUGUUUAUAGAACUUGGCGUGUUGUAAUUAAAAAGCCAUAGUAGUGAAUGUCUAUCCGUUCCAAUAAAGCGAUUAUACAAAUAAGAAGAAUAUUUUAUUA